AUGCCACGCCUGCCUCCAGCCUUAAUUCGCCAGGCUGCCGCUCAACACCCUCUCCUCCCUCUUCUACUACGCGUUUGCCGGGACAUCUACUCCGCUCAGAAUGAGCUUCGCUGGCUGCAGGAACACGCCCGCGAUACUGUACUUACGAAGAGACGGAAACAUGAUCGUCCGCCAGCGCGGUCCAGGAGAGUUUUGAGAUCUCUGCCACAAAGGCAUGCCUGUAAAGGUCUUCUGGUUCCUACAUCGGGCAGGACGCAUAGUGACCGAUUUUGCAAAGAUGGAGAGGAGCAAUCCUGGGAAGAAAAACCCGGCAGCCUCGACGAAGAACACCCUCUGAUACUCGACAUCACUAGCAGGCGACUAUCAUCGGGCGUACCUCCGUGGGAUCCGGUCCGCGAAUGUGAAGUUCGCGGAGGACACAGCAAACCCAUCCCAGGUCAACCUACCGAAUCUGCACUGCGGGAUACACUUUUGGGUCGCCAUACUGAGGUUGCGCACACGCGGAGACUUCUCGCCGGAUAUGUGACCAGAAGAGCGAGAGGGGUGCCGCUACAAUAUCUUCUCGGUAGCCAACCAUUCGGCAAUCUCGAGAUACUGACCCGGAAAGCGGUGCUCAUACCCAGACCCGAGACCGAGACUUACACCGAACACGUCGCCAGAUUGCUCCUUUCAUGGCUUCACCGCGCUACUCCCAGUAGCCAGACGUCGGUUGGCGGACGCAAGAAACUGAGGAUCCUUGAUCUAUGCUCGGGAACUGGCUGUAUAGCACUGCUGUUACAUUCGCUUCUCAAAGCGCCCCAAUCGAAGGUGGCUUCCAACGAGAACAUGGAUCUGGAGAUACUUGGCAGCGACAUAAGCAGUGAUGCAAUUCAUCUGGCAGAAAGAAACCUACAGCAUAACAUCGCUAACGGAUUGCUCCGCACGGACGCUGCUCAGGAUAUCUCCUUUCGGCAGAUGGACAUCCUCCAAUCGGCAAGGUUGAACGCGACCGAGAUGCGUGCACUCUUUGAGAAGGGCGGCUCCGGCCAUGAUGACGCUUCAGGCCUACACACCCCAUGGGACGUCAUCAUCUCGAACCCUCCAUACAUCUCGCCCCGAGACUAUGGCCCCGGCGGCAAAACCGAGUCGAGCGUGCGCAAGUAUGAGCCCAGAAUUGCACUCGUCCCCCCGGUGUCUGGUUCAUCACUGGACGGAAACCCCGCCACCGAUCCAGGUGACGUGUUCUACGGGCCUUUGAUGGACUUGAUACAUGGCCUAGGUGCGAGGCUUCUGCUCAUGGAAGUCGGCGAUUCGCAACAAGCCGGCCGCGUACAUGAGAUGGCUCGACGGAAAUUUGGAGCAACCACUUCAAACGCCGACCGUGCUGUGCUGUUUGAGGCGUGGCAGAACGACGGCACGGAGAGACUGCUGCCUGCACACUUGCCGGCGGAUCAAGGCCAAGGCCUUGCCAUUGCGGGCGACGCUGCACGACAGGCGGCUGAGGUCACGGCGUCAGUAGACACCGGCACCGGCACCGGUGUCUCCGAUCGAGCCGUCGUCAUCUGGACGGGAGAUCUCGCACAGUGGCGGCGCUCGGCGAGAUGGGCUGCGUGA